CAGGCUUGAAAAAAAUAGUAGUUAUUUAGUACAACUUUCACCCUCUUUGUACUCUUGCAAAUUCCACAUUCCUCUGGUUUCUUGGUUUAUUUUUUUCCUGUUCAUAGUACUUUUAUUUGCGCUAAUACCAGUAUACGACAUACGACAUACGACAUACACACGCAUUCAAACUCGCUCUCGUACACAUACACAUAUAUAAACAUCACAAACAGCCAAAUACCGUUCUCCAUCGAAAAAUGAUCCGCAGAGAGACCAGAUUGAGGCGCGAGUUCCUAUACAAAAAGUCGCUCGAGUUGCAGGAGCGGCAGACAUUCGAAAAGAAGCAGAAGCUGAAGGAGGCACUGCGUGAUGGCAAGCCGAUUCCGACGGAGCUGCAGAAUGAGGCUGAGGAGCUCAACCGGGCGUUGAAGCUGGACGAGGCGCAGGAGAGCACGAUAUCGACGCAGGACGACGAGUACGCGCGCGCAGGUGUCUUUGAUCCCAAGGUAGUGGUGACAACGUCCCGCGACCCGAGCUCGCGGCUGCAGCAGUUUGCCAAGGAGAUGCGGCUGGUGAUCCCCAACUCGCAGCGUAUCAACCGCGGUAACUACGUUAUCAACGAGAUCGUCGAUACAUGCAAGGCUAACGAGAUCACGGAUCUGGUCAUUGUGCAUGAGACCCGCGGACAGCCCGACGGCCUGAUCAUCAGCCACUUCCCGUAUGGGCCGACGGUGCACUUUACGCUGUACAAUGUGGUGUUGCGCCACGACAUCAAGGACCAGGGCAAUAUUUCGGAGGCGUACCCGCACUUGCUCUUUGAGAAUUUUAGUUCUAACCUCGGCGGGCGCAUCAAGAGCGUGCUCAAGUUCCUGUUCCCUGUGCCCAAGCUCGACUCGAAGCGCGUAAUGACCUUUGCUAAUGAUAGCGAUUUCAUCUCGUUCCGCCACCACGUAUACGCCAAGAGUGGCCACAACGAGGUUCAGCUGGCUGAGGUUGGCCCGCGCUUUGAGAUGCGGCCAUACGAAAUCCGCCUGGGCACGGUCGACAUGCCCGACGCUGACAAGGAGUGGGUGCUGCGGACGUACCAGAGGACGUCACGCAAGAGGGAUCUUCUCUAAUAUGCAGGCUCUAUGCGGCGAUGUGACAAAAUUUCAGAUCGGAUCUGAACCUGAACACAACAUAAAACAGAACAGAUACCAAAAAUAUACUUUUAUAUUUAUAAACUUUUUUAAACCUAAC